CGCGGGGGCGCGCACGUCUUCACUCUCGCUUUGACCCGACGGAGUGCGGGCCGUGAGGAGCCAUGGCGGAGAACCGUCAGCCCCGAGGGGGCGAGUCCGACCUGGACCCCGGAGAGUACACCCUGCGCAAGAGGCUCCCUCACCGCCUCCCCCGCCGGCCUAACGACAUCUACGUCAACAUGAAGACGGACUUCAAGGCCCAGCUGGCCCGCUGCCAGAAGCUGCUGGGCCCCGCGGGCGGCCCGGCCGGCGGCGGGGGCUGGUCGGAGAUCUACAUCCACGGCCUGGGCCUGGCCAUCAACCGGGCCAUCAACAUCGCCCUGCAGCUGCAGGCGGGCAGCUUCGGGGCCCUGCACGUGGCCGCCAACACCUCCACCGUGGAGCUGGUGGACGACCUGGAGCCCGACGACGACGCCCGGGAGCCCCUGACGCGCACCCGCAACAACUCCGCCAUCCACAUCCGCGUCUUCCACGCGACCCCCAAGUAACGGGGAGCCCGGAGCGGGCCGAGCUGUCCCCAGGCGCUCCCGGGAACCUUUGCGGUUCUCUUUCCGGCCCAGGAGAGGACCUCAGGAAGACCCCGGUUCCAUCUUUCCUUUCCCCCACCGACCGACCCGGAGGAGGAAAAUUCCCACCCCAGCUCUCCCGGGAACCUGGAAGGAGGACUGGGCAGUU